CGCGGCCACACUCUGCAUUUGAAAUCAACGUUCGUUGGCGAGUGCGCGUCGUUUUCCUCAGCGAAUUUUCGUAAAUUUAGAGCUUCAUUAGCUACGAGUAAAUCUGUGUUCCAGAGUUUUUCACAGCCACCAGCGACAAAAUGACAUCCACCGAGUUGAAAAUUGGUUUGACCACCAGCGCCCGUCCCUCUAGCCGUGUCCUGAAACCCCCAGGCGGAGGACACACCAACAUCUUCUCAGAGCCCGACGUGGCCGUUCCCGCCCCUCGUGCCAAGUACAACCAACAGAACUCCUCGAACCUCAACGCCUGCAUGGGCUCCACCGAUCCCAAUAAGGUGGUGGAAAAACUGCGCGAUGAGGUGACCACCCAAAAGGAGGUGACCGCCCCGCCCAGUCAACCCAAGGAACCGGCGAACAAGCCGGCGGCCACGAACGGAGAGGCUCGUGGGCGAGUCCCACCUGGCGGAUACUCGUCGGGCGGAUUCUGGUAGAGGAAGUGCGCCUGGGUGCAGAAGAGGCCGCCAAGCAUUUAAUGACUCACCAUCACAUCCUCAGACCGACAUUAAAAAAAAAACAUGAACCUAUAAAUAUAACUCGCUUAUAACAUACAUAUACACACAUUAGAGGCGCAUUAUCUAUAUAGAUCAGUUGAUCAGCCGGUGAAAGGAAAUCCCGAUUAUAUUUGGCAACACAGCUCUCCAAAUCGUUCUUCCUUCUGAUUCAUUUUCAUCCCUACCACAUUUGUUCUAUCGUCUAAGUAACACGUUUAACACGUCUAACGCAAUUGUUGAAAUUUAAGUAACUCGUGAUUCCGCCCCACAAAAAAAAAGGAUUAAAUAGAUUGACUUUGCUAAUCUACCACCUAAUACCGAAGCCCAAUCAGCAUUUGUACUUAAAGUGUCCAAUUGAAACUUCUUAUAGUCUGUACAAUUUGUGUAAAACAAAAUCUCUUUAUAACCAUCUAUGUAUUAUUCCAAAAUAAAACAUUUAAUUAUAAA